AUGGUUACGCAAUCAAUAGUCGAAGCAUGCAAUCCAUCUGAAGUGCUACGUUCAAUUCAUAUGGCUCUACUCUGUGUUCAAGAAAAUCGAGAGGAUAGGCCGAACAUGUCAUAUGUGGUUUUGAUGUUGGGUAAUGGAGAUGCAUUGCCUCAGCCUAAACAUCCAGGUUUAUUGAGAGUAGAUCCGAAUGCCAUUGCUUUGAGACAGAGUAAAGGAGCAAGUUCCUUUGCUCCGAUGGCUGCUAGUUCAUUAAGGGAAAGAACGGCAAGUUUCUGUGCUGAGGUCAAAGCGUAUGCAGCUAUGUUGAAAAUUCCUCUCCCAGCAGAAUCGAUGGCUUUUACUGCAUCUCAUGGAAUGAACCAUGUUCAGUCUGCCUUCAAGAAAAGAAGCAAUGGGUGGGCGAAUGAAGUAAAUUUUAUCUGCAAUGAUCUGGAAAUGGACGACGUAAAUUUAGAGCAUAUCCCCAAAGGAAUUGAGUCAAUUGAGGCUUGGCAGUUCAAACAAGCAACUAGGGCAAAUCAUUGUAGGGAUUCUAUCUUAGCAACUGUUUCCUAUGAUUGUUUUGUUCCUGUAGUUAGCGUAGAGAAUCAAAUAUUGUGGACCGUCAUCUUAGAAUACCAUAACAAAUGA